AUGCAGAUGAUUGCAAAGGUCCCAGGAAGUACCUGGAUUUAUCCGUAUCAAAGCAAAUCAUGGCCGGUCUUGCUCUGCGAUGAAGAAACUCCGCCCGAGGCCUUCAUGAGGAGCAGGCCAAACAGCUACGUCUUCCCUGCCAUCCUGCUCGGGAAAGUCAUAUACAUCUGGGUUGCGGAUGUCCAUCUCCGUCCAUUCGACUUCACUGCGGACUACCUCAAGGAUGCAGAGCCUUCUCAAGACGCGCUGGAAGCUGCACGCCGUAAAGCGUUCACAGCAGAUGCUGGGCACAGGCACUCCCCCGCCUUCUGGAAGAACUUCAUCAUCCAGCGAUCUCUAGCGCGCAAGGUUGAACGCGAAAUCGACAGAAAGCGUGCUGCACCAACUUCCGAUGACGAUGAGGAGAUUACGUUCGUUCGUACGCAAAAGAAAGGACCUCACCCUUCCACCCCCAAGAAAGUGAAGCUAUACCAUUCAGGCAAAGGACGGCGAGACAGUCAUCGACCAACCCCGGACAUUACCUCCGCCAAGUCUGCAUUGAGCGCAGAGCUCGUAGACAGUUCCGACGAUGACGACCUCUUCGUUCGCGAAGCCAAGCCGCGCGCCGACCUAUAUAUCUCCGACUGCAACGGCACCGAUCAGGAAGAGCGCGAGUCAAGGGUCUAA